AAAAAUUUAUUCAAUGCUGGUUUCGUAAUUUACUAUAUUUAGAACUGUUUGGCUAUUCAUUCUCCAACCUAUUGUGACUUUGAGUAAAUCAGUUUCACCUCAUAUUUUCGUUAUAGCUGGCAGCGUUUGAAUCACAUCAAAAUUGAUUCCCUAAUACAACUAGUUACUUCGAGAAUCUUAAUUGUUGGAGUUAUGCUCCGUCGAGUUGAAGACGAAGAAGCAAUGGCAACAGCGUCAGCUAUUUCUAUCAUUAAGCUAAGGUUCUAAGUUGAAAAAGAACAAUUUCGAAAACAAAUUACCUAAAAAAAAAUAUUUGGUUGAAUAAAAUCCUUAAUAAAACCAAAUAAUAAUUUACUUUAAGUGAUUUAAAAUAAAAGUUUAUUACUCAAUAAAACCAAAUCAAUUUAAUCUGAAUUACAAUCAAAUGAAUAUCAUGAUUUCUAACUAUGUAACAAAUGUUGCGAAAAAAUAGAUUAGGUAUUAUUUUUAUUAUACUGUAAAUGAUUACCUAAAAGAAUGGAUAAUGCUAUUCUUGGCUCUUGUACACAUGCAUAUGGACAGCUUUGACGAGAGCUUGUUUGUUCUGUUGGAGACAGUCGCAGUCGCACCCGGUUUAAUCUCCGUUACUGAGAUCAUCAGUGUAGAGUACAUAAUUACCAUCCUAAAGCCCCUCGUAAGAGUAGAGUUAGAAGAGAGCAACAUACAAAGUGAAAGAGUUAGCUAGAGCAGCAGUUAGGUUGAGAAGACGGGCCUGGUCUAGGCUAGAUGAGUUGAGUGGUAACCAUCUUGGAGAUCGGAAGAAUAAAUCGAUCGCGGUUAAGCAUUGAGUCAAACGUUUUAAUUUGCUAGUGAUCCGAAACAGUAAUUCAAACUUGGGUGAACUCUACAAUUUGGCGCAGCCGAUGGAUCUGGAGAACCAUUUUCAGUUGGAUCCCUUCAACGACGCUGCUGAUGCCUCUAAUCUCCGGAGAGAGUGGGAGGAAUGGCACCGAGCAUGUGAAAUCGUCCUGGAGCUGAAACAGAUUGAAUCUCAGCAUCAAAAACUUCUAUUCAUGCUGGCUCGAGGCGGAAGAGGGCUUCAAAGAAUUUAUCAUCAUCUCGCACCGGUAGUUGGAGAAAUUCAUCCAGAGCCUGUCAAAGUUCCGUUUGCUCCGCAAGAGGUACCGGAGUACGAUAAUGCUGUCAAGCGUCUGAAUGCGUUCUUCGUGGGAAAGCGAAACGAGAGAGUGGAACUCGAGGUCUUCCGUUCGCUCCGUCAAGCUACAGGAGAGUCUUUUAAUCGUUAUAUUUUGAGAUUACGUACGCAAGCUGCCUGCUGUGACUUCCGCGACCGCGAAGAAAAGGAAUUACUGCAGCAGGUAACCAUGGGUGCCACAGACGAAAGGGUAAGAGACAAAGGUCUUGAGGGCACUAUGUCUUUCGAUGAAUUGGUCAACUAUGCGAUUAAUCGUGAAGUGCUGCUAAAGCAAAAGGAAAAGGCGCAUCCGUUCAGAUCAGAAUCCAGUACGGUGGCACUGAUUAAACAGGAAUGGGAGAGGAAGACGCCACAAAGAGGAGGGUAUUCGGCACAACAGUUUAAGGGUGGACGUCGGUGGACCGGUAAAGAUCGGUUGCCAACAGAAUGUAACCGAUGUGGCUCAUGGCGUCACCAGCGAGAUUCGAAGGACUGCAUUGCUCGGAGUGCCACGUGCAAUAAGUGUGGGGAUCUGGGCCAUUUUGCAAGGAAGUGUCCCGGAGGCCGGCACGCCCCAAUGAAGAACCGUUUUUCGUGGAGGAAGUCCGAAACAACCAAUAUGUUGCGGGAUGAAAGAGCUUCAGAUACCGGAGCGGGAUAUUCAGGCCAUCAUGGAGACAAUGGACCGUCAAAGGCAAAAACGAACGAUGGAAGUAUCGUGGGAUUAAUUGAUCAUAUACCGGUUGAAUUUUUAAUUGACUCUGGGGCAAUGAUCAAUACCGUUACCGAACAAAUAUGGGAAAAGCUUCUGUCUGGUAAUGCCAGACUCUUCAAAAAGAAAUUCCAAUGCGAUCGACAAUUUACGGCAUAUGCUUCCGAGGCACCCUCCAAGUUUUAG